GAAGCCAAAGCCAUUCUCAUCUGACCAGAACUUGUGGCCAUGUCAGCCCUCACUCUCAGAUGGGUCAGCCCCACUUGUCCUUUGAUCGAACCACAACCCCUCUCCUUUCUUUAUAGGCAGACCCUCCGCACACCCCACAUACUAAUAAUCCCCCUCCCUCCUCCAAUCCUCCUCCUCUUCUCCAUCUCUGAAGUGCUCCAUUGAAGUUGAGCCCUGCUCCUCCUUUCUUCCUUUUUCUUGUUAAACUGAACUCUAACCCUAGAACUACUUUAUAUAUAGCUCGCUGAUUCAUGGAUAAGGUUGAAAGGGAGACUCACGACUUCAUGAAUGUGGAAUCCUUCUCUCAGCUUCCCUUUAUCCGCCCCGCACCCAUCAAAGAAAAGGGCAUUCGCCUCUUCGGUAUAGAGUUUGGCAGCAACAAAGAAAGUCCAGCAGCUGACGAGUCUGAUUCAGCGGAAACUAAUGAAGACGCCGCUAAAGAAAAUGAGAGCAGUGACAACAACAGAAGAUUUGAGUGCCAUUACUGUUGCAGAAACUUCCCUACUUCGCAAGCCUUAGGUGGCCACCAAAACGCACACAAAAGAGAGCGUCAGCACGCGAAACGUGCCCACCUCCAGUCGGCAAUGAUUCAUAACAGCCUCUCAGAUGCACACUAUUAUGGCAUUUUAAACUACAGGAUAGAUUCAAUUUCCACCGCAGCCAUGACUCACCCUUCAUGGAAUAGCCACACUAGCACUAAUAGGUAUUACGGCGGUCAAGGCUCCUAUUCACAACAACCUAUCAAUGGGAGUCCACUAGGCUUGUGGCGGAUCCCGGCUGUUCACGGUAGUGCUACUCUCCAACAUCCUGACCGUUCGGUGCAUCCAUUACCAUCAUUUUCCGGUGAGGGACUGAAACCCUCACCUGCCGGUGGUUCAAGCUCACAUGGGCGGUACGGAUAUGAGUCCAAGUCGAGCGUUCAAGACCGUGUGAGUUUAGAUCUUCAUCUUUAAAUAUUUGAUAACUUGGAUAAAAUUAAGAGAAGAUUUGAGAUUUUUUCUAAGCUGGUUAAAUCUUUAAUUGUGCAAAUGAGGCGCAAUUAUUCCAUGGAGACACUCAUGACCACUAGUGUUUUCUGCAUUUUAACUUAUUUUAUAUUAGAAUUAAUCUGUUGUGUAAAUGAAGCAGAUUUACGUGCGUGCUUUUGAAUUGAACUAAGAAACACAAGUAAGUCUAUUAUAUAUCA